AUUUUAUAGAGAACACUGCUUAAUCUGCUAAGUAAUUGUAAGGUUGUAAGGAUUUUUCCAGAAAACCAUACUUGAUUCAUUAGUGUUGAAUAGUAAAAUUUUAUUGUUGGUUGUCUCUGUGUGGAAAGGGCUGUAAAGGCAGGAUUUAGACCUGGAUCUGUCGACAGGUCAGGGACCUGGAUAGGCACCUAGUGCAAGGCCUAGAAAUAAAAAGUAAAGCACGGCAGUAAUCUGGGAUUAGGUGAUAAAGGUGUCUUGUUUGCAAGCCGCUAAGGGCUGACGAGCUCGGCGUAGACUGUCCGGAGAGCAAAGCAAGUUAGGGGUAAAGAGAAAGGCCAACAAAAAUAUAAAGUACACACACACACACAUAGCACAGAGUACAGAUAGAGACUAAGAGACUAAGAUAAAAGAUUAAGACAAAAACAGGCUUUCUGGCACAGACUGUCAACAUUAAACUAAGAUAGUCAUGGGCAACAGUAAAUCUAAGAGCAAGCUCAGUACAAACACAGUGUGUGUCACUGGACCUAAUGUGAAUUAUAUGAGCAAUAAUUAUGGUCCUGAUUCUGUGUCACAAACAAUGUGGUGGGUGACGGAGUGCGGCUUCCCAGACGGCGGCAGUUUUAGCUUGAAGCAGUUAGAAUUGCUGAAAGGUAACCUGACCCAAAUGGAAAAAGAUAAUGUCAGGAAGAAGAACAGGGUAGAAGUAAACUGGACAGCUUUUCACAUGUGGAAGUUAGAGGCUGAGAAAAGGUUGAGAAAAGCACAAUCUACUCCCAAGAGAGUAUCUAUACAAUAUGUACAGAAUCCACAAAGUACAAUAAGAAUAUCACAAAGUCUCCAGAGUCUUAAGUUAAGCUUUUCAGAUGAUCCUGACCUGGAUGGACCGCCUCCUCGACCACGUCUGGGAGCCGCUGGACAGGUGAGCACGGAUACGGAGCCAGCUCGCGCGCGGCCGGAUGGAGACCCCAUGUUAGUGCACCGUCCCUGGACACUAAAGGACAUUGAGCAUGCUCAUGAGCAAGUCCCUGACCCGAGAGAAGUCGGGGGGGAAAAGUUUGGUGUGGAGCUGGAACGUUUUUGCAAAGUAUUUCUUCCUACCUCGCUUGAACUGAGGCGCCUGUUGGGAAGAAAACUAGCAGCUGACAUAACGCGGAUUAAGUAUGACUGGCCAGAUGAAAAUCUGUGCAUGAGACAUCCAGACCAUGAGAACGGAAGGAAUGCCACGUACUUUAACUUCAUAACGGGAUUACGUGAAGCGUGUAGUGAGGCUUUUCCAGUGAAGAUGGAUAUGACAAAGAUCGCGCUGUGCAAACAGGAGGACGGAGAGACAGUUGCGCAAUAUCUCCAUCGCCUCACUGACAUACACAACGCGCACAGCGGCCUUACUGCCCCACAGGAUAUGAGUGAUGGGGCAGUGACAGCGUACGAGGCGCACUUGAGAAACAGCUUCAUGAAUGGACUGAUUCCAGGAAUAUCUGACAAGGUGAGAAACCUAUGCAUCACGUGGGACACUGGAAAGCUGAGCCUCAUCGUACAACACGCUCUGCAUGCGGAAAAGCUGCUGGCGCAAAACAAGCAGGAGCAGGAAAAGAAGAAAGAAGCUCAAACACACAACGUUCAGCUGGCGAUUAUGCAAGCCGUGGCGAGGUCUCUAACACAUCGAGGAAGAGGCAGAGGCAGAAGAGGAAGAGGGGGAGACAGCGGAUGUUUUAUUUGCGGAGGACAAGAUCACUGGGCAAAGGGAUGCCCCAAGAGAGGAAAAGUGCAUGAGCAUCAUCAUCUCAGGUCGGGGUCGAGGAGGUCAGUCCUGAAGGGAUGGGAUUUUCAUACCCAACUAUGCAGUCCUCCAGGCGCCCUUGAGCGCAAUCGCUCGUGGGAAAGACCUACAGGCCCACAGUGGAAAAACCAGCAACCGACAGCUGCUAAGAGGAACGAGAUGGAGCAUCAGGGCACACGGUGACGUGCUAGUAACCUCUCCCGUGAGCUCCAACUGACUCUCUACGACGUGUAAAGUGUCUGAGUCAGAAGAAACCCUGAUACGACACAGCAGCCAGACACCGAGAAGAAGCAGCACACACACACAAAUGUGAACACAAAUGUUAAUGAAAUUAAUAAACUAAGUGAAAGAGGUAAAUGUGACAGACACUUACGACAGCAGACGACUGUACAGACUGUACAGAGGGGAUGUGGUAGCUCAGUGGUUAAGGUGUUGGGCUACUGAUCGGAAGGUCAUGGGUUCGAACCCCAGGUCCACCAAGCUGCCACCCUGAGCAAGGCCCUUAACCCUCAGUUGCUCAGUUGUAAGUCUGGGUGUCUUCUAAAUGCCGUAAAUGUACAGUAUUGCAUACUGACUACGACAUCCAGAUUCUCAUACACACACACACACUUCUAGAGACGAUCAACAUAGACAAGUUAAAGGCUCCUGUUAAGAUGAGGAGCCUUUUUGACUAUCACCCUAGUGAGUGUGGUAUUAAUCUUAUUAUGUUUGUUUGGCCCUUGCGUAUACAAAUGCGUUCAUUACAUCAUAAUGUCCAAAUCUAACGACCAAACAAAUUGUGAAACUGGACGAUAUUGACGACGACCCCGAAUGGAUCCCUUCAUUCGACGAUGACUAUUUCUCUAAAUUUGCCCAGACUGAUCCAGAAACAGACAAAGGUGAAUACGGACGGUAGAGACUGUGACUUGUAGAGAAGUUACAACAAGAUUAAUGAUUAAUGCUUUGCCUUUAACUGCAUUUUCUAUAUACGGGUCCUGUCCCCACAAAAACAGCAUAUUGUCCACUGAAGAUCAUGUAUUUUAUUAAGCAUUAGACAUUCAUGUGAACCCUACAGGGGACAGGAUACACUGAUGUGAGAUUGUACAUGAUUAAGCUUAGCUUAAGGCACACGUGAUUAUAUUCUAGCUGAUUAAUUGAUACUGAUUAAGCAAUUGAUUAACAAUGUUGUGGAUUAAGUAGUUGAUUAAUAAUGCUGUUAUAUAUCAUUUAGAGUUUAGAUUUUGUUACAGGUUAAUGAUGAGUAAAAAUUUGGUGUAUUGUCCCAGAGACAAAAGAAAUGUUCUCUUUAGAGAUGUUCAUAAGAACCUGCCCUUCUAUGCGUCUAUGUUUCUCAUGGCUGGUAGUUAUUGUGACUAGAGAUUGCAGUUGUUUUCCUAAAACGGCUUCCAGCAGACCGUUCCCAUGAGACCUUGGUAGAUCCCGAGAGACCUUGGUAGGUACAGAUUAGCUUGGACAGAAGAUGAGCAGGCGAUGCUUCUAAGCCAAUGGUUGAUGAUGUUUUGCUUUAGCAUGAUGUUAUCAAUG